AUGGCCAGCAAGAACAUGGCUUUCUUUCAAGUUCUUAUAAGCUCAAUUUUUCUUCUUGUUUUCCCUCGGUGUUCAUGUGAGGCAUAUGAUGAUGUAGCCAAACUCAAGCAAUGCAGGUUCAAUGCAAUAUAUAAUUUUGGGGCUUCGUUAUCAGACACAGGCAAUCAAAUUAUAGAGAUUCCUCAGGUUUGGUCUACCAAACUUCCCUAUGGCCAAGCUAUUCAUAAAGUUACUGGCAGAUCCUCUGAUGGGUUGCUGAUAAUUGAUUACAUUGCAAAAUCAGCAGGUCUUCCCUUCCUGGAACCCUAUUUGAAAUAUCAAAAUGCAACAAGUUUCUUAUCUCAUGGAGUGAACUUUGCUGUUGGUGGCUCUACCGUCUUGUCAACGAAAUUUCUUGCAGAAAAGAAUAUCUCUAACGAUCAUGUUAAAAGCCCUCUUCAUGUACAACUUGAAUGGCUGGACAAAUAUUUACAAGGAUAUUGUCACGAUGCCAAAGAUUGUCAGGAGAAGCUUGCAUCAUCUCUGUUCACAACUUUUGCUGGAGGCAAUGACUAUGGCACUGCAUUCUCCCAAAAUAAAACUCUUGAAGAGGUGAGGAAUAGCCUGGUGCCCGCAUGUGUGGAAACCUUGAAACAUGUUGUCAAGAAAUUCAUCCAUCAUGGUGCUCGUAGAGUCCUUGUCCAUGGACUUCCCCCGUCUGGUUGUGCACCACUAUUUCUUACAAAAUUCUCCUCAAACAACUCAGCUGCUUAUGAUGGAUUUGGUUGUCUAAAGAGCUACAAUGACCUGUACAAUUAUCACAACGAUCGUCUCAAAGAAGCCAUUGAAGAAUUGAAGAAGGAAUACCCUCAUGUAGAUAUAGUGUACGGUGAUCUUUACAAAGCAAUGCAAUGGAUUAUGGACAAUUCUCGACAACUUGGGUUCGAGUCAGUAACAAAAGCAUGUUGUGGGCCUAAAAGUGAGUACAAUUUCAUCGAUAACUUCCAUAAAAUGUGUGGAGCUCCAAACAUACCAGUUUGCCAAAAACCAAAGCAGUAUGUCUACUGGGACUCCGGUCAUUGGACUCAAAAUGCAAAUAAGCAUCUGGCAAUGUGGCUGAUUAGAGACAUCUUCCCAAAGUUUCACUGCAAAAAAGUUUGA